UAAAAAUAUUAAUGGAUUUAGAUAUAGCCAUCGAGACAAAAGAGAAAGUACGUAAUCCCACAAUCAAAUUGAAUAAGAAAUUAGCAAUAGCUAUUGCAGUAUACAUUUUACUUAAUAAAGGCACUUACUAAAUCUGAAAAGAAACCAUUCGAUCAAUUAGUCACUUAGGAACCUACAAAUAAAUUAAUAGCAGUUCAUUUCGGAGUAGGUGAUCAAGAUGAUUAUGACACCAUCUGCAAUUAUGUUAAAUAGUUCGGACAGAACAAAAUAAUGAUAUACCCUGUAAGAAAUUAUGCAUUUAUUGAAUUCCAAAACAUCCAAUAGAGUUUACAAUUAACAUAAGUAUGACUUAACUAACCCUUAGUCCUUACAAAUUUUCGAGAAUAUCAAGUUUGCAAAUCUAAAGUACCAAAAUAAGGAGAGAGCCACCAUGUUUUUUUAUACAAAAGAAUAAGAAUUAAUUGGAGGAGGCAUGUGUGAUAUACCAAAUGCUAUGCGACAAGUUAAUAUCCCAGGACUGUAUUUGAUACAUGAUUUCAUUACUCCAGAAUAUGAAAAAUACAUUUUGGAUUUAAUCGAUAAGCAAGAAUGGUCCAAAUUGAAAUAAAGAAGAGUUCAACAUUAUGGCUAUGAAUUUAUUUAUGGAGAUAAUACAGUCAAUAUCAAUUAGCCUGCAGACAAACAUAUUCCGGCCUUUCUUGAGGAUGUCAGAGCCAAAGUGUCUGAUUUAAUAAAACCCUAACCAGAAAUAAAUCAACUUACAGUUAAUGAAUAUUUACCAGGAAUGGGUAUUCCACCUCAUUUCGAUGUUCAUCCUCCAUUCCAUGAGAAAUUCGUGUCAAUUAGUUUACUUAGUGGUUUAGUAAUGUCAUUUAAAUCCUUCAAAGGAGAAGAAUAUCAUUUAUAUCUACCUCCUAGAUCUUGUGCAUUAUUCACAGGAGAGGUUAGAUAUGCGUGGUUCCACUCUAUUGCAGCAAGGAAAAUCGAUAAAGUAGAAGGGGAAACUCACUUUAGAUCUAAAAGAUUGAGUUUGACUUUUAGAACUAUCAGAAAUGAUUUGAAAUGUGAUUGUGAAUAUUAAUUUUUCUGUGAAUCUUAGGGUUACAAUCCAUUGACCAUGAAGAACAAAAAUCCAUUGCUCUAAGAAUACCUAGCAAAAUUGAAUCAAAUUGGAAUUAUAUAAGACAAUAAAGUUGUUCCCAACAAAACUCAAGAGGAAAUUUAAUUGCUCGAAGAAUAACAAUAAUAAUUACUCUAAAUACCUAAAGCCACUGAAGUUGAAAAGAAAUAUGUCUAUGAGAUUUAUGAUAAAAUCGCACCACAUUUUAGUUCAACUCGUUAUAAGCCAUGGCCUAAAAUAGAACAAUUUCUUAAAUCAUUAGAACCAGGAUCUCUAGUUGCUGAUGUAGGAUGUGGAAAUGGCAAAUAUUUGGGUUCAAAUCCAGAUAUUGAAAUAGUUGGUACUGAUAGAAGUGAAAAUCUAUUGAAAAUUUGCAAAGAAAAAUCAGAUGCUUAUUAGGUAUUUAGUGCUGAUUCAUUGAGAUUACCCUUAAAAUCUGAAAUGUUCGAUGCAGUCAUUUCAAUUGCAGUCAUUCAUCAUUUCUCUAAUAAGUAAUAUAUAUUCAUAAUAAAUCAUUUAGAAUUCUUAGGUAACAAGCUAUCAAAGAGUUGUUAAGGAUUUGUAAAUCCAAAGGUCUAGUUUUAAUCUAUGUGUGGGCUAUGGAACAGGAGGAGAAGACUUUUAAUGAGUAAGAUGUUUUUGUGCCUUGGAAUUUACAAUUUAAAUAUGAGGAUGAAAAAGUCAUCAAUUAGGAAGGUAUAUUGACUAAUUAUAAUUGGUAGUGUAAUAAUAAUUUAAAAUUGAUGAUUAAAAAAAAACAGUUGUUUAUAAACGAUAUUAUCAUGUAUUUAAAUAAGGUGAGAUCGAAGAACUGUUAUCAGAAAUGCCUGGCUUCAAGAUAGUAAAUAAUUAUUAUGACCAUGCUAAUUGGGUAGUUGUCUUAUAAAAAGAUUGA